UGCCGUUACCUCUAUUCAGUAUUGCCGUUACCUCUAAUCGGUAUUGCCGUUACCUCUAUUCGGUAUUGCCGUUACCUCUAUUCAGUAUUGCCGUUACCUCUAUUCGGUAUUGCCGUUACUUCUAUUCGCCAUUGCUGUUACCUCUAUUCGCCAUUGCCGUUACCUCUAUUCGGUAUUGCCGUUACCUCUAUUCGGUAUUGCCGUUACUUCUAUUCGCCAUUGCCGUUACCUCUAUUCGCCAUUGCUGUUACUUCUAUUCGCCAUUGCCGUUACCUCUAUUCGGUAUUGCCGUUACCUCUAUUCGGUAUUGCCGUUACCUCUAUUCGGUAUUGCCGUUACUUCUAUUCGCCAUUGCCGUUACCUCUAUUCGGUAUUGCCGUUACUUCUAUUCGCCAUUGCUGUUACCUCUAUUCGCCAUUGCCGUUACCUCUAUUCGCCAUUGCCGUUACCUCUAUUCGCCAUUGCCGUUACCUCUAUUCGGCAUUGCCGUUAUCUCUAUUCGGUAUUGCCGUUAUCUCUAUUUGCCAUUGCUGUUACCUCUAUUCGGUAUUGCCGUUACCUCUA